ACAAGACAUUGCAACUAGGAAAUCACGCCUAGUCAAGACUUCGGUAUUGCUUGCUUGAGGCUUUAUCUCCGAAAGACAUCAUUCAUACACGAAGUACACGGGGCUGUCCAGAAUAAGAUGCCAGACGGCCCCUGUUUCAUUUUGCUGAUGGCCGCCCAUAUUUCUUUACAAAUAAUGCAUCAUUGGAACCAGACGAUGCAUGAUGCAUCAUCGACAAGUGUUUUCAUGCAAACUCUACUCGUCUUGAUAUGUCUUGACUUCUCGGUGUGUGGUCAACUUUGUAGACAUAGGUUCGGGCUAUAUAGCGGAAGGACGGACUCGGUAGCUUCUUAGCAUAAUCCCCCAGCUCGGCGAUGGCUGACAGCACCUUUCAUUUUGACGUUGGCAACACCCUUGGAGCAAUCUUCAUAGGAAACAUCGUUGUGGCCAUAUUCUACGGUGUUACCAGUGUGCAAACGUUCAUCUACUAUAAGCGGAACGAGGGAGAUUCAUGGAUUCUGAAGCAUCUUGUCUUUUGUCUCUGGAUUCUAGACGGCCUUCACUUAGCAUUCAUCACGUAUGCGGUGUACGUUUAUGCGGUCCGUGAUUUUGGGAAUGUAUUGGCGAUGAUCACGCCGACCUGGGGCCUGAUGGCUCAAGUUGUUGCAACCGGCUUUAGUGACGUGAUAAUAAGAGGCAUAUUCUGCCAUCGUGUAUGGAGACUCAGCUCCAGAACCGCCAUGAACUGGGCCGUGAUCACUAUCAUUAUCGCUAGUUCGCUUCUCGCCUUUGUCAUGAGCCUUGUAUUCAGCGUAAAAUUGUACACCGUGGAUACGUACUUUGAGUUGUCAAAGAUCCCUUGGGUAAUUUAUGUCGGCCUCGCAGCAUGUGUUGUUGCGGAUGUAUUUAUCGCUGGUGCGCUUUGUUAUCAAUUGGCCAUGCGUCGUACAAGGUUCCAGAGGAACAAUUCGGUUAUACGUACUCUGAUGCUGUACAGCAUCAAUACGGGCCUCUUUACCAGCAUGUGCGAGCUUGGGUGUCUCAUAACAUAUGCGGCAUCUCCAACUAAUUUUAUAUUCAUGGGAUUCUACUUUGUGCUGACUAAACUGUUUCUCAAUUCGCUAUUGGCGACUUUGAACGCAAGACAAAGCCUGCGUCAGGCAAUGACGGGAGAGGUCGUGACGAUACCGUUGUCGCAUACUCCAGGCACUGCCGCGACCGUCAGCGGAUCAGAAGGCGACAGAGAUGCAGAUAUAUACGACGUUUCGAGGAUUCACGUGCAUGCCACGACCGAGAUAAAGACGGAUUCAAUCCUGGAAAGAGCGUACACUUAAAGUUCCAAAGACAACACCGUAUGUCAUGGGGAAAAGGAAGAUACUUUCAAGUUUCAACCGUCGUUUCGAUAAUGUCCCGUUUUGCUAUGACUAUAACUUGUUUCGUUUAUGCCGGAGGUCAGAUGUUGGGAGGCUAUCCAUUCCGGUUUCUAUGUAUAAUACGAAUUGUGGCUUCGAAAACUGUAUUGAUGCUUAUUCCUGCCUACAGAGCAGAUAUGCUACGGAU